GACCGUGGGAUUCUCAGAGCCGUCCACGACAAAGACAUCCUACGGCAAAUUCUCCGGCGUCUAGAUCGCUUGGAAGACCACUGUCGACUCGGCCAAACUGUCGCCGACAAUGGCGAAAGCGAUCGUUCUAUCUCCGUGGAAUCCGAUGAUGCCUCCCCUACUUCUUCCACCACGGACUCUUCACCCAGUGCGCAAUCGCCUGCCGGUCAGGAAAUGGUCCAAAGCCUGCUGGGUCGCGUUCACGACGAUCGCAUCAGGUCGCUGCUUCGCUCCCACGUCUUCUGCGCCAUCGACAAGAUUGGCUCGCGCUUCUUCGAGAAUGAGCGCUGCCUCAGAGCGAUGGAUGCUGCCAUAGCGGGCAUUGAACAACUCGACAAUACCCCGGCCGAGAUCAACUCACCCGCCAUCCCCAAGGAGGCCGCAAAGAAAUGGAUCAAUCAAUAUUUCGGCAACUACCAAUUCGAAGGCUUUCGGAUUCCGCUAGAAAAAGACUUCAUCCUGGCUAUUCCCGAUCUACUGGAGAGCCCCCACGUUCAGCUUGAUGCCACCUCCCAAAUCAUAUACUACAACGUCCUCUUCCAGGCGUUCAUGCUAGACACUGAGGAGGUGGAGGGAAGGGGGCAAGUGGUCCAAUACCUGUGCGGUCGAUGCUUCAACCUGGUGGAGGACUGGCUCGGCCAGAUCCAAUAUACGACGGCAGAUUUAUUUGCCGCAUUCAUGAUGAUGUCCAUGACGUUGGAGAGCUGCGAGAGCGAUCUGUCAUGGAGGAUUUUCAAAACGGCCUGUGUCGUUGCCCGAGCGCUCGGCUACUUCUCCGUAGACGAGGAUCACCAUAGCCUCGAACAGAAGGAUUCGCUGGCAGAAGGAGUAUCCCAACAUGAAGAGGAAAUAGAGCGGAAUCGAAAGCGAUUCGAAUUCUGGCAUAUUCUACGGACGGAAAGUCACUUUCGGCUAUCAUUUGGAAAACCAGCGAUUAUUUCGGGGGGCUCGUGGGCAGUCAAUUUCCCAGACCCGACCAUCACCGGCGUAGACCACGCCUCGACUCGCUUCAUCCAGAUUCACUUCUUGGCCUCGAUGCGUCUCACCAUUGUGACAAUGCGAUACCUGGACAUCAUGGCCACGAACCCGGACCCCAAUACGCAGGAAUACAACGAGACGAUCGAUGGGCUGAUCGCCGAGGUGCAAAAGAUCAUGUCCGAUUGGAAUCCGGAGGAGCUGCUGAACUCGACCACCAACCGCAUCGACACCUGGUUCUGCGUCGACAUCCUGUUCAGCAGCUACAAGAUGCUCAUCGUAUUCUACCAGUCGAAGCCGUCUCACCGCGACAGUCAUCGUCUGCCGUAUCAUACCGUGGACAUUGCCCGGAAGAGUUUGCAGAUGUCACGGUCGCUCAUGGAAUCGACUCCCCGCCCGCAUUGGGGAAUCAGUCUCAUCCUCCUCCACCAGUCGAUCCCGCUAUUUGUUCUCUGCUACGAUAUUCUCGGAUGCUAUGACCGCGAAGACGUCAAGGCCGAUGUCGCCUUGUUGGAGUGGUUCCACGACUAUGUCGAAACGGCAUCCAAGGACCGGACGGAGCUGAAAGCCAUAAGUUUGGUGGUGCGAGAGAUGACGCGGGCCUGUCAGCAAGUAUCAACUGGCCAUUAGCUUUGACCAUUCACAUACACAAGCAGGCAGCACACAAUCAUGCGUCUUAACCCAGACAAAGUUUCACGCCUCUCUGUCCUGGAUCACCCUCAGCACAUCAUUCAGAUCGCCCUCUACACUCGUGGCCAGCCCCAUUUUCUCUAAUUCCGCAGGCACCAAAGCGGUAUCUCCCAACUCAACCCGAAUCACCUUGAUCUUUCCCUCGCCUUCCUCAACAAGCUCCUCAUUCUCCCACCCCAACAC